UCGACAACAAGUCAUUACAGUUUUCAUUUCAAUCGAUCAUUGAAUUGCAAAUCAACAUUAAAAGUUAACAUUCAAGUUAAAAAUGAAGUCGAUUUUAUGUGUUGCUUUGAUUGCUCUUGCAAUCUCAAGCUCAUUCGCUGUUAAAAUCAAGGGUUCAUGUCCUAAACCAGAACAACCCAAAGUUGACUAUUGGUACUUUUCAAAUUUCAUAAACGAUUGGAAGGUUUUAGGUCGAACUGAAGAAACUGAACCCAAUUCCGUCUGGAAUAAUCUUGAAAUUCGCCAUCUUUAUCCUGGAAAAGUUGUCAUGAUUGAAUGGGGUGAUGCUCGAGACACUCAUGUUAGAUCACAAUGGGACAAAUACAUGGACAUGAUUAUUGGCGAUUUUGGUGGAGAAUCAUAUUAUGAUGUUCAUGACUAUGAAUUUGAUCCAUACUCAUUCAACUACACCACUUCAGAUGGUCAUCCAGGACAAAUUUGGAUGCCUUAUUAUGGUCGUCCCAAGUAUGCUGAAGCCGUCUUAGCAAGUUGUGUUAAAAUUGAUGAAUCAACUGUUGAUGUCAAAGCAUGGUUCGUUUCAAUGAGCACAGGAGCUACACCAUCAGAUGAAGUUAAAAAUAUCAUGAAAUCAUUGACUGGACAAAAAUACCUUGAAGUCUGCCAAGGAAGCUUCUGUUAAUUCAAUCGUACAGAAGACCGAAUGAUAUUCAGCAAUUAACUCUUUAUAUACCCAUCGUAAAACUAAUUGAAUAAGAAUAUUAUUAUUAAUAAAUUAUUUCUUAUGAUUCCUUA